UUCAGAAUAAUGUCGUCGUCUCUCUCAAAAUCACAACCCCUGCUGCAUCCUUCACAUCACAUGGCGGAUCUCUACUCCUCAAAACCACCAUCGUCUUCCUCACGGCUAUUCUUACUCAUCACCUUUCUACCUCUUUCCUUGGCCUGCUUCGCCUUCCUCCUUCAAUGGCGAGGUGGAAUCAACGAUUCAGUUACGCAGUGGUUUGAAGAUAACUACAAAUUCCCAGGUAUGGUCACCGUCUUCGAGGAACGAACCUUUCCCUCUGAUUCGAGCUGCGUUUCUCUUCUGGGUCAGAGCCGUACACAGUCGUUUCCUUAUCUCCGAGAUUGGAAGCUUCCUCACAAGCCAGAUCUUAAACCUAAGAUAUGUAUAACGACGAGUACUUCUGCUGGAUUAGAGCAGACACUGCCAUGGAUAUUUUAUCACAAGGUCAUUGGAGUUUCAAACUUUUAUCUCUUCGUUGAAGGCACUGCUGCUUCCCCAAAUGUGUCUCGAGUUUUGGAGACCAUACCUGGUGUACAUGUUAUAUAUAGGACAAGAGAAUUAGAAGAAGAGCAAGCUAAAAGCCGGAUUUGGAAUGAGACUUGGUUGGCCAAGUUUUUCUACAAACCGUGUAAUUACGAAUUAUUCGUGAAACAAAACUUGAAUAUGGAAAUGGGCAUCACUAUGGCAAGGGAUGCUGGUAUGGAGUGGAUACUGCAUCUUGACACUGAUGAGCUUGUACAUCCUUCUGGAGCCCGUGAAUAUUCCUUGAGAAAUUUGCUCCGAGAUGUCCCUGCAGAGGUGGAUGAAGUUCUCUUUGCAAAUUACGAGAGCAGUGUUGAGCGAGAUGAUAUCAAGGAACCUUUCACUGAGGUAUCAAUGUUCAAGAAGAAUUUUAAACAUCUUCCUAGAGAUGUUUACUACGGAAAUUAUAAAAAGGCAACUCGUGGCAAUCCAAACUAUUUUCUAACGUAUGCAAAUGGGAAAUCUGCUGCUCGGAUUCAAGAUCAUCUUCGUCCCAAUGGUGCUCAUCGAUGGAACAACUACAAGAAGAACCCAAACGUCAUGGAACUAGAAGAAGCUUCGAUUUUGCAUUACACUUACUCAAAAUUUUCAGAUCUUACUUCAAGACGUGAUCGAUGUGGCUGCAAACCAACAAAAGAAGAUGUCAAGAGAUGUUUCAUGCUAGAGUUUGACAGAGCUGCAUUCAUCAUUGCUUCAACUUCAACUUCAGAGGAAAUGCUCCAAUGGUACAGAGAAAGAGUUGUAUGGACUGACGAGAAUAUGAUCCUAAAACUUCUUAGGAAGGGGAUUCUGACUCGUAUUUAUACACCAAUGGUUAUAAUCCAAGAGCUAAAAGAAGCCGGUGUAUUCAGCUCAGUGGUUACUUCAGCUCACAACUCUUCAACCUCAGGCAUUACUAAGAAAUCACCUCAAGCAAAUACUAGAAGACUGUUGGAGUUUGAUCUUGAUGGUGGUGACUCUCAAGCAGCCUCAGCCAUACCACCGCAAUCAUCUCCAAGCUUGGAAACCAUCAAAAAUGUUCAAUUUUGACUUUCUUGAAGAUGUUGUUUACAAAGUUGAUGUAGGAUUAAUACAAAAGAUACAUUAGAGCAGAAUUUGUGGA